CUUAACGUUUUUGACAGUAGCUAUAUUAAACACCUUGUAGAUAUAUAGUCAUGUAUCUUAUUGCCAAUAAUUUUUGAGAGCUGCAAAAAUGUAAAGAUUGCUCCUUUAAACAGUUUUUCGUAAAUGAAAUAAAAUAUUCUUACUCGCGUCUGAAGUACAUCAUGGCUUACUUACGUCAACCUGAAUAUGUACAAUAUUCCUGCAGUUGUGGAUCCCUAAAAAGUAUUUCAAAAAUCUACUUUUGUAGGCAUUGUUUAAGUAUUAGAUGCGGAUUUUGUGUAUGCCAUGAGGUUGACUCGUAUUACUGUCCUAAUUGUUUAGAAAAUUUGCCAACUUCAGAAGUGAGACUAAAGAAGAAUAAGUGCUCUAAUUGUUUUGACUGCCCAUGCUGCUUACAAACCUUAUCAAUUCGAUUGGGACAAAGUUUCUCAGUAUCAUCUCAAUCAAAAUCUGAAGAAGAAUCUAAACCAACUACAAAGAAGGUUUAUUAUUUAAGUUGUUCGCUUUGUCGAUGGAGUUCAAGAGAUGCGGGCAUUCCAGACCAGACUGUUGCCACGGGCAGUUGGAAAGAACAAGAAAAUCCAUAUUCAAAUAGAGUUAAUGCACUUAUCAAUUAUUACAAAAUAUUAGCUUCAUUUGAAAAACAACAAAAAGAAAGGAAAAAGUUCCACAUUAAACGUUCAUUUUUACAAUUUGAAAAAUUUGGAAUUACAUCUGCUAUGGCUCGGAAACGAUCUGGUCGACCUCCACUAACUCAAGCCCAAAAUCAAACAGUCACUACACCAACCCCUUCAGUAGCUGAAGAAAAUGUGGAUGAAUCUUUAUCUGAUUUAUUUACUAAAUCAAUAGAUAUAACAAGAACUACUACAAUAGAUCAGCGUUUGCAGCAUCCAGAACUACAAGCUGAUACCAUUGAUAAAUUAAGACCUCAAAGAAAACAAUUUAUAAUUAAAAGAUCCCAAAGAUGUAGGACAUGUGAACACAAUGUUAGUAAACCUGAUUAUUGUUCUACAUCAACAAAAUUUAAAAUUCAAUUAGCAGCUUAUUAUCACCUACCAGAAGUUCGUAUUGUUACAUAUGAACCACUUCAAUUUGGAAAGUCAAGUGAACUACUUUUAAAACUAUCUAAUCCAACUCAGCAUCAAAUGCAAAUUACGUUUUUAUCUUUGGAAACACCAGUUGUAACAACUACAAAAGUACAAGGAGUAGUAGAAGAAAUUAAUAAAGAAAGGAUUCAAAUGGGUUGUGACUCUCCAAAUCUAUUACCUUCUGCAAUUCGUCAAACAGCAGUCAUUGAAGAAGUAAAACCAAUUAUUGUUGUUCCAAAUGGUGAAAUAUUAUUACCAAAUUCAUCAUUCACAUUACCUCAGAAAGAUGAAACUGCUGAGUAUGAUGAACUUAAUGAAACUCAGAACUUCCAAGAUGAUCCCAAGGUAGUUGUUUGGAGAAGAGGUAACAAGUUAAUAAUACGCUUACAUGUUUUGCCAGAUGUUACCAAAAGUUCAGGUGACAUGCCUGAGACUGUAAUAGUUGGUUUUGUAAUGCAAUUCAGUUAUAUCAAUACAAUUGCAACUUUAGAACAUAAAACUCCACAAAAGCUUGAUUUGAGAGUUAAAUUAUACUUAACUCUUGAUAAUUCAAGUAAAAUUGCAAGAACUGCGUCUAUGUUGAAAUGAAAUAGAAGCAACAAAUCUUUUUUAGUGGAAAAAAAUAUAGCACAAUCUGAUUGAAGAAUGAUACUUACAAUGUAUUUUUAAAUUUCAUGUGCAAGUGAAUAUUCUUUUUAUUUUGCAACAUUUUAUUUUUGAGAUAAA